AUGUGUCUCUUGCGUUCGAUUUUCCGGCGGCUUGAAUUCGAUGGAAAUGGAAUCAACAUCGUCUCCUCUUACGUCACCACCGGUUGGAGCUGGACUUCACAGAAUCUUUCCCAAAUCACCACCGGCGAAAGCUUCCGACGACUGGAUACUUGGAUCGUCGAUGAGGUGCUCUGGAACGUCAUCAUGGCGGUAGAGUCUCUUGUUCUUGCACUUAUGCUUGGUUGUUACUUCGUCUUCUGCGGUUGUACUCUGUAA